AUGUCCAAGCCUGCCUACCAACUCACUUAUGUGGUAGAAACUCAUCAGUUUCCUAAAAAGGCUUGGAACCAUGCAGACGAUCCAUUUGGAACCGCUGGCUUGCUGGUCACUCCUAUUGAGGUACAGCUUGAUUAUCAAGACACUCACAAAGUAGAGGAUAAGCUACUAGAAAAAAGGGAAUAUACUACUAUUGCAUUGGACUCGACUCCAUCAACACCCAUGAUAAUUCCUACUGCAUCCACAUCUGAUAUGGAUUUGAUAAACUAUCAAGCAGCAGCAUCCAGUGCAACUCCGCAUCCAACAUUUCAUCGAACCAUGUCUUGUCUUAAGCCAACAGCCACAAUAACCAGUCCUUCCAAUAUUAACAUUGACCACACUCCACCAUCAUACAUACCCCUGACACCAGCAGAAGCAACUUGCAAAUCAGCCUUUUAUGCACUUUAUCCGGCUCUUGCAAUUGAAUCUCUCUCCUGUCCACUCUGCUUUCAUAUUCCCAACCGGGCCAAGCGAUUUCCUUGUUGCAACUAUAUUAUUUGCAGUCCAUGUGCUCGGCAGUGGCUGAGACCAUCUCGAUCCAUAGCAAGCCAGUCGCUGUCCGACUCAGCUCCGCCUCAAUCCUCGUGUCCAUUUUGUCGAAGUGAGGUGAGCAUGAGCAUGGCAAUGAAUGGACUGCCCGAUGCCGUUGGUAUGCAAAUGGCAAAUCCAGAAACUGGUACACCUACUCCUGGUACACUGGACAUAUCCGAAUUUUGUUUAGAGGCUCAAUGGUCUUUAUCUGGGUCAACAUCCUAUGCUAUAUCUGAUUCAGUCCUAUUGAGAUCGGCUCUACUUCAACCUACAUUGGUUCAUACUGAAUCGACUACAGGAAGUGUAUACAGUGGGGGAAUUGAAAGUCAUAUAGAGAGUGUUUCUACUGAUAUGGGAAGACUUGACACGGAAACCGAGACAGAGAUUCGAAUUGAUCAAGAAUCUGAUCAACCUUCACAAGAAAGAUCCAUUCGACUUAUUGCUGAAAACCUUGUUCAAACCAUUCGUAAUAGUUUCCGUCGUAGUUAUCGGAGAAACACACUCGGUGGUACAGAGGAAACGGACUCUCUUUUACCACAGCAGAAUAGUCCUGAAUCUAUUUCAUCGACUCGUACCAGAUGGUCUAGUCGGAGCGUGGGUGAAUUUUUGUAUAGAAUAGCCACUACCUAUUGGUCAGGACUGUUGGCUCUUGUUUUGGUUCUUACGAUUGUUAUCAUGGCAGUGAUUCUCAAUGUUCAACUGCUUGCUCAAUGA